CUUUUUCUCUCUUCUCUCUCUCUCUCAGCGAAUCUCGUUCAGUCUCCAAGAAGAGCGAAGUUGGUGAAGUCGCCGCCGGGAGAAAUCAAUAAACCGAUGACAUACAUGCAAGUUAAUCCAGCAAUGGUUUGGUUACGAGCUUCAAAGUUUCUACUACUUGCUCUCAUUUUGAUCCAGUUGCUUGCUACUCAACUCGCUGCUCAAAGAUCUAAAUCUCCAUGGCAGACACUCAGUGGAGAUGCUCCUCUUAUCAUUGCUCGUGGUGGGUUUUCUGGGCUAUUGCCAGAUUCAAGUCUCGAUGCUUACAGUUUUGUGUCGAUGACAAGUGUCCCUGAUGCUGUCUUGUGGUGUGAUGUGCAACUUACCAAAGAUGGAGUUGGGAUUUGCUUCCCUGAUGUGAAAAUGAUGAAUGCUUCUAAUAUCCAAGUUGCUUACCCUGACCGGAAAAACUCUUACCUUCUUAAUGGAGUCCCUACUCAGGAUUGGUUCACCAUUGAUUUCACCUUUAAGGACCUCAAAACCGUUUUCUUGAUGCGAGGAAUAUUAUCACGGUCAGAUGCAUUUGAUAACAACCAGUACGCGAUUUCAACAGUUCAAAAUAUAGCUACUCGAUUGAAACCCGCAGGUUUCUGGUUAAAUGUUCAGCACGACGCAUUCUAUGCGCAACACAAUCUAAGCAUGAGCAGCUUUCUGCUAACAGUUUCCAAAACUGUGUUUAUCGACUAUCUCUCUUCCCCUGAGGUGAAUUUCUUUCGUAACAUUGGUGGCCGUUUUGGGAAAAACGGGCCAAAGUUUGUGUUCCGGUUUCUCGAGAAAGAUGAUAUUGAGGUGUCAACUAAUCAAACCUAUGGAUCUCUCAUUGGGAACCUAACUUUCAUCAAGACGUUUGCUUCAGGGGUUCUUGUUCCCAAGUCUUACAUAUGGCCACUCGAAAGCAAAUACUUGCGUCCUCAUACAUCCUUUGUUCAAGAUGCUCACAAAGCAGGGUUAGAAGUAUACGCAUCAGGUUUUGCAAACGAUUUCGAUCUUGCAUACAACUAUAGUUUUGAUCCAUUGGCUGAGUACUUAUCUUUCAUGGACAAUGGUGAUUUCUCCGUGGAUGGUGUGCUAUCUGAUUUUCCACUAACCGCAUCUUCUGCUGUUGACUGCUUCUCUCAUCUUGGAACUAAUGCUUCAACACAAGUGGAUUUUCUUGUUAUUUCCAAGAAUGGAGCAAGUGGAGACUACCCUGGCUGCACUGACUUGGCCUAUUCAAAGGCUAUCAAAGACGGUGCUGAUAUUAUUGAUUGUUCUCUUCAAAUGUCAUCGGACGGUGUUCCGUUUUGCUUAAGCUCUAUUGAUCUUGGAGAGAGCACGAACGCUUUCCAAAGUCCUUUCAGAAACCGCUCAGCAACUGUUCCUGAGUUGGACACACUUUCUAAAUUAUACAGCUUUAGUCUAGCAUGGUCUGAGAUUCAGACCUUGACCCCUGCUAUUACGAACCCCUACAAUAAGGAUUACAACUUGUUUAGGAACCCGAGGGAGAGAAGCUCUGGGAAGCUUGUUUCACUUUCUGAUUUCUUGAACUUGGCUAAAAACUCCACCUCUCUCGCUGGUGUUUUGAUCAGCGUAGAGAAUGCAUCUUACCUAAGAGAGAAGCAAGGGCUCGACGUUAUUAAAGCAGUUCUCGAUACACUCACAGAAAGUGGUUACGGCAACGCUAAAACAACAACCACCAAGAAGGUUAUGAUUCAGUCAACAAACAGCUCAGUCUUAGUUGACUUCAAGAAACAGAGCCGGUACGAGACAGUGUACAAAGUGGAAGAAACAAUCCGCGAUAUACUCGACUCUGCAAUCGAAGACAUCAAGAAAUUCGCCGACGCUGUUGUCAUCAAGAAAACAUCAGUCUUCCCCACCAGCGAAAGCUUCACCACCGGACAAACCAACCUUGUGGCGAGGCUACAGAAGGUUCAGCUUCCGGUUUACGUUGAAGUGUUCCGGAACGAGUUUGUUUCUCAGCCGUGGGAUUUCUUCUCCGAUGCGACCGUCGAAAUAAACUCGCAUGUUUCUGGAGCUGGUAUCAAUGGAACCAUCACUGAGUUCCCUCUCACAGCCGCGAGAUACAAAAGGAACCGGUGCUUGACCCGGAAAGACCCGCCUACUUACAUGAUCCCGGUUCUACCCGCUGGUCUCUUAUCCAUUGUGAGUCCUACUUCUUUACCUCCCGCGGAAGCACCAAACCCGGUUAUCACGGAAGCUGAUGUCACUGAACCACCGCUACCUCCGGUUACAGCCAGAUCCCCAACCACCAGCCCUGGACCAUUAUCAACCGAUGAAAAAUCUCCUAACGGACAAACCCGAGUUGCUUUGUCUCUUCUUCUUUCUGCAUUCGCUACGGUUCUUGUCUCUCUUCUACUUCUGUGAUCAUAACACCCUCGCUGGUUAGGAUAUCUUUGUGAGAUUGACUGAGUCCUCAGAAUUUUGAUUCCUCCUAACAGUUCUUUAGGAUUCUUUGGAGUGAUGAGUUUCUGUUUGGGUUUUGUUUGUUCAUAUUCUUCGUUAUCGUGAAAGUUCUGGCAACCAAAAAAAAAAGAAAAAAGAACAGGUAAAAUUCUUGGGACGUAAAUUGGGGUUACAUAUGUUGUUGUGACAUUGUUUACUGUAGUGUCCUGUAAAACGCUUGUGUGCUUUGUAGUAUUUAUGAGACUAUCUUCUUUGAACACAAAUCUGUUUUCACAGUAUUGUUUUACAA